CUGAGUCCACACUCAGACGAGUUAAACCCCCACCCUGACUGUCACAGUCCCGUCUGUGUUAAAGUGACACUUUGUGCUUGAUCGCUGUGCUCUCCAUGCGCGGUGUAGCUGUCUUUCCAGCAGAUCCCGUGGGUGAAAGUCCACUCCUGUUCGUCUGCGCUUCACUCCUUCCCAUCCCCUGAGCUCUCUCAGUUUGGAUCAUGCACGGGCUGCGGAUCUCCCUGCUCCUGCUGGCCCUGUCUUGUGCAGCUCCCCCUACCACCUCUGCUGGGUGCGGGAGCCCUGCAGAGACACUCUGUAACUUUAUCUGCGAUUGUUGGGACUGUGCAGAUGAGCGGCACUGCGGUUACCAUAAGGAAUCAGCGGUUUCUGGAGCGCCCUUCAGCUGUGACUUUGAGCUGGACGACUGUGGAUGGAAAGACAUUAGUACCUCUUCCUACCAAUGGUCCAGAGAUCGUCUAAGCUCCAAAUUUUGGGGUUCCCAUUCCCACGGCGACCACACAUUGGGGAACAGAUGGGGUUGGUUUAUGGCCACCGGAGGUCACACCAUGAAGUCUACCGUAACGGCCGCCCUCAGAUCCCCGGUACUUCGAGAUGCAGCGGCUACCUGUGAGGUCCAUCUUCACUAUCACUCGUGGAAUUCAGAUUCUCCUGGAAAUGGGAGUCUGUCUCUGCAGCUGACGGCCGGUGCCCAGACCUUCGAUUUGUGGCAAAGCCCCCAAAGAAGCUCUCUGUCCUGGCAGCGGGCGGUGGUCUACACCGGUCGGCUCCCCGGAGAGUUCCAGCUUACCGUGUCCUCCACCUGGGAGCCCAACACCCAAGGAAACAUCGCAAUCGACGAUAUAGAAUUCCGCCACUGCGCUCUCUCAGCGCCACAGACGGGGUGCCACGCCGGGCAGGUCCAGUGUGACCGCGGGUCGUGCGUCGAGGAAAGAUCCGUAUGUGACGGAACCGACGACUGCGGAGAUAGAUCCGAUGAGAGCAGCUGUGAAAAAUUCACCUUCUGCACCUUUGAAAAUGCGACAUGCAACUGGACGUCUACCUGGUUAAAAGUCAACGGCUUCAGCUCCAAGCCGGGCCGGGAUCACACAACAAACAGCAGAUCCGGUUCCUUUCUCCGGGUUAACGAUGGAACCGCCACGUUGGUCAUCCCAGGUAUUCGGAACCAAGACAACAUGGCCUGUGCGCUCGUACUGUAUUAUCUCACGGCUGGCUCCGAAGAAAACCGCUUGGCUAUCGGUUACCGCAACACCACUUCCUCCGAGGAUAACGUCAUGUUGGAAAGAGUGGGACAGAGGGCCGAGGUGUGGCUCCGAGAGAAGGUCACCUUUCCCAUUUCCCAAGAGCCAUUCCAGGUCACCAUCACGGGUGUUGCGGGUAAAGGAGCCGACCCCGGUGUUGCCCUGGAUGAUCUCAUCUGGUCUCCCGGAUGUGUCCUGCCAGGGAGUCAAACUCGGGAUACAAAUCUAGAAAUUCAGAGCUUUCCAUCGCUCGCGGAGGUGCGCAGCCCCGGGAAGGCAGCCUGCAACACAAUACCUGACGGCUAUGAUUUUGGGGGGGAUAUUAAAGGCUGGCAGGACGUCAGUAUCGGGGUGCAGAGGUGGAGCGGAGACAUAAAGACCUUCCCGGAAGAGGGCGUCUCAGGGCAUCUUGGGGUGACGCACGCCGAAGGGAACCUUCUAACAAAUGCCGUGAUCCUCAGCCCUACAUUGUGCUCUAGCAUCCCUUCCUGCAUGGUGAACAUGACCUACUCUUUUAACAGUGGACCAGCAGGCUCCUUGUCUAUACAUGUAUUGGACUCAGAGCUGCGGACACAUGCGCAGAUCUGGCAGAGCCAGGGCCACAGCAGAUCCUGGAGAAGCGCUUUGAUUCCGGUGGGAGAGAGGCUUCAGCCGUUCCAGUUUGUCUUGUCGGGCUCCGUGGACCCUCUUCCCGGUGGGAUGUGGGGGGCAGUCGUGAAAAGCAUGACAUUUCUGGAAUGUGACAAACAGGCCUCUCUUGACGAUAUAGGGUCUGUAACCUGUAACUUUGAGACUGGCCUCUGCGGCUGGUACCAGGAUCAGACAGAUGACAUCGACUGGGAACAAAGAACGCUGGCCGAUCACACCACGGGGAACGGUAAAUACCUGUAUGUAGCCGGAGGGUCCCGCAUGGAUCGAGGGGGUAAAGCCCGUCUUAUAGCUUACCCACAAUCCAUUGAUUCCAGAUCCCAGUGCCUAUCGCUGUAUUACCGCAUAGGGGGACCAGACGCAGGGACCUUGAACCUGUUUAUUAAAUACGACGGAGGUCAGGAGACAUUACUUUGGACUGUCUCCGGCACCCGCGGGAACAUGUGGCACCAUGAAUCCAUUCCACUCUCACACCCAGCCGAGAAUGAGUAUCAGCUGAUUCUUGACGCAGUCCGCGAUGGUUCCGUGGGGCACAUAUCCAUCGAUGAUAUCACUGUGAGAUUCAGUCCCUGCGCGGCUUCCACGCACUGCUCUUUUGAGGCCGGAACCUGCGGCUUCACCACGGAGGGGGACAACCACUGGUGGAGACAGCAGAGCCUGCAAGCCAAGCCUCACGGGGGACCCUUUUUCGAUCAUACGCUGCAGACGGUCACAGGUCAUUACAUCAUUGUCGAUACCAGCGCUUCUACUUUGCCAAAGAAAAAGACAGCUGUUCUGACAUCAGGUUGGUACAAUGCCCAGCCUGCCCUCCAAUGCCUGAGCUUCUGGUACCAGCUGGGUGGCAGUAACUCAGGAACACUUAACGUCUAUAAGGUGGAGAAUUCGGGCAAGCACCAGACAAAGACGCGUCUGCUUAGCAUGAGUGGGACUCAUGGAGACAGCUGGCACUAUCGGAGUGUGAAGCUCCAGUCUGACCAUGAGUGGUUGCUGAAGUUUGAAGCUGUUGGCGCUGGAGGAGAUCGGAGCUUUAUUGCUGUUGAUGAUGUUCACAUGAGCCACCAUCCCUGUGAUGAAGCAGCCACGUGCGACUUUGAAUCCGGUUCCUGCGCAUGGACCAACACGCGUAUUCCACUGAUGGACACGUAUGAUUGGGACUGGACCAGCGGAGCUGCCCUGACCACCAAGAACUCGGCCUUGGAGAAAGAUCACACUCUCGGCACCUCAGAAGGACAUUAUGUCUUUGUGGAUACCGGAGCGAUGCACGCGGAAGGGAGCUCCGCAUGGAUGAUGAGCGAACAUCUCCCGGCCACAGCCAGCUCCUGUUUCACUUUCUGGUACCGCACGGAUUCCCCGGACCGUGCCCACCUGGGAGAGCUGGUCCUGUAUUUGGCCAGUAGUCACGGCCUGCAGCCCCUCUGGGUCCUUCACGGCUACCACAGCGGCGACUGGCAACAAGUGCAGCUACAGAUCAACAGCACGGCGGAGUUCCAGAUUGUAUUUGAAGCAUCCAAAGGGUCUCACGCGCACCCCACUACCAUCUCGCUAGACGACGUGGCAUACACUUUGGAUUUACCAUGCAACGCAAAGAAAACAGAAAAGGGGAAGAGUAACGCGGGGGAGAUAGCGGCCAUUAUCCUCGGCGUUCUCCUGGCCCUGCUCUGCCUGGCGGCUGCCUAUCUGCUGUAUCGGAAACGGAAAAAGAACCUGAACGACGCGCCCCGAGUCUCCAACCACAGCGAGGCAAUCGACGGAUUCGAUAACGUGGUGUUUGGAGAGCCUGCAGACGCCACAUCCACCAGCUAGGACCACCACUCACAGAUCCAGAGCUCUGCCAGGCCAACAAAAUGUCCCGCGAUGACCCCUCUGAAACACUAACCGGCCAGAACCAUCUCUACGGGUCCCCACUCAGCCAGAACCCAAAGAAACGUGGCCACGAAGUAAGCGGAAUACAGAAAUAUCGGAGGGGGUACUUUUAACUAUCUUGUUAAAUUAAAAUGCUAGUUAACA